UCAGCAGGACCACUUUACUUCCACAGAGAUGAACGUCAACCUGAACUCCACGCUAGAAUCCACGAAAUACCAAUGCGGCGCGCGCUUGGAAUCCUUCUACUCUUGGUAUAGAACUCAAAUGCAUGGCUGGGCUAGUCUAUUGAUAUGCAUAUUCGGCUCAAUCGCCAAUGUGCUGAAUAUCGCCGUGCUAACGCGUCGCGAGAUGCAAUCGCCCACUAACAUGAUUCUCACCGGUCUCGCCGUAGCCGACCUCCUCGUGAUGAUCGAGUACAUUCCUUAUGCGAUUCAUAUGUAUCUUUAUAAGCGGUCCCGCAGAGAUACUUUCACUUACGGUUGGAGCAUGUUUGUACUGUUCCACUCGAACUUCACUCAAGUAUGUCAUACGAUCUCGAUCUGCCUGACGGUGACUCUGGCGGUCUGGAGAUACAUCGCGGUGGCGCAUCCACAGAGGAAUCGCGAGUGGUGCAGCAACAAGCGCACUUUCCUGAUGAUUGCCUUCGCCUAUCUGUCCUGCCCGAUACUUUGCAUACCACUUUAUAUCAACACUGAAGUAAGGCCGCAAGAUGAAUCGCUAGACAAAUUGGGGAACAAAGUGAAUCUAACAAAACUCCAGCAGAUGGGCAACAGCACGUCUUACGAAGGCGUAACUAACAGCACGCUGUACUUCGUAAAACUCGUCGAGUCUCCAAUGGGCGAUGUUCUUAAGGAUAUCAACAUCUGGAUCUAUAGUGUGGUGAUCAAGCUGAUACCGUGUAUAGCGUUAACGGGAUUAAGUAUCAAGCUGGUCAGGGUGUUGUUAGAGGCAAAACGGAGGCGGAAAAAACUCACUACGAAAAACACUGUAAUCAAGAUGGGAAAUGGUAAAGACCAUGCCUGCGAAAGACAGAAGAAAAGAAGAAAAGGCAACGAUAAAGAAAAACAGACUGACAGAACUACGAUGAUGUUGUUGGCGGUGCUUCUAUUAUUCCUCGUCACGGAGUUGCCGCAGGGCAUUUUAGGACUGCUCGGCGUUAUUUUGGGCCAGAGUUUCUUAAACACGUGCUACGCAAUGUUGGGCGACGUGAUAGACACUCUGACACUUAUAAACUCGGCCAUCAAUUUCAUCCUGUACUGCGCCAUGAGCCGACAAUUCCGCACAACCUUCAAUCAGUUGUUCUGCAACCGAUGGCGAUUAGUCGGCAGGUGGAUGGCAGUGCCGCAUCAACCGAUGUCGAACAACGGGCACACCGGGACCAAUCAUACGGUGACCCAGGUCACCCAGGUCUAGCGCCGAAGAAAUCGACGGACCUUUUGCUAUCCGGUGUAAAGAACUCGCUGAUUAGCUUCCUUUUAGACACGUGUAUUGCACGAGAACA